UGAAAUAAAUUGCUUUAGAAUCUCUUAGUAUAAAUGAAUACUCAUUAUAAAAUAUUUUUGCCCAAAUUGUAAGGAUACGUGAAUGCUUUGCAUUUGGAUGUGGACAUUGCUUGUUUCUGCAAGAUUUCCGCAAAAAAUGCACCGACAUGGUAGUGAGCAUGAUAAUCAGAUCAGACCCAGCCAUGGUGCAGGUAUGAACAGAUCAGACCCAGCCAUGGUGCAGACCUUUGCCCCCUUAGAGGAUUCUGAGUGUGAAACAAUAGAUGAUAAGGAAGUCAGAAUGCGAGCUUCAGAAAACCUUCAGUCCUUCCUAGAGGACAGGGAUAAGUCUGACAUCCUUCUGGAGCAUUUAGAGGCUCUGAAAGCUUCACACCGACAACAACUCGAGCAGAUCAAGCUGCAGCACCAGGCUGGUCUAGAGAGCCGGACUCUACAGAACUCACUGCUCUACACAAACUUUAACACUCCACUGAAGACCAACAGACCACAGGGAAAUCUCCAUAGUGAUGAAGGCAACACCAAAAGCAGGGGAAGUAUUUACCUGUUUAAUAGACCACAGAGAUUUUCCUCCACACCUGACCUGAGCUCCAAGAUGAGCCAUCACAAGCCUCUUAACUCUUCUGGAACCUUGAGAUCUACCAUGACCCAUUCACAAGAUCCCUGCAGAAAAACACACCUCUGUGCCAAAGAGCCUAAACAAGUCAGAGUUGACAAAGAAGAACUGGACUGGGAUGAGUGUCAGAAAAAGUUUCGAGUAUCACCUGUACCAGAACACAUCUUCAAGCUCCUUUAUGACGAUAUUGUACAGGAGCAGGAACGUGUGAGGAAGGAGGGACGGCAGCAGAGGAAAGAGUUCCUUUUAUCCAUUCAGAAGCCAUUUAGGUUUCACCAAAGGGAGGAGACUAGGGGCAGGCGAAAGCCAGAGACCAGUGCUGAUAAACUGAGUGAAAACAAAAAGGAUGAUGAAAAGAGGAGAUGCAUACUUAAAGCUGUCACAGACCCAGCAAUCUCUGAACAAUUGAAAGAAAAGGAGCACCAGAGGAAGAUCCGCAUCCAGGCCAGGGCUCAGGAGACUUUCAGGGCCUCCUCUGCCCCCAUCCAGAGCUUGAGUACCAGAGGUGAGCACCAGGUCCGUAGCUCACAGAGAACCAAGACCAAAGUACUGGCAUUCUUAGCGCAGAGUCCAUCCUUCAGACCAAAGACAAAUGCUAAGGUGCCAGACUUUGAUAAGUUGCACCAGGCCUUCCAGAAAGAGGCGAUGGAGAGAACAGAAAGAAGAGAGGUCACCCUCUGCCAGCCGUUUCAGCUACGAACAUCAGCUCUUCAACCACAUCGCAGCAGAAGAAGUACAGACAAAUCACCAAAAUAUACUAAUACGAACAUUUUGAAGAGGAGCAAUUCAUUUAGUGGCUUGACAUCAUUAUCCAGAGAUACUCUUCCAACUUAUAUGACCGAUGCUGCCAGGAAAAGGUCUAUGGCCAUAAGAAAGUCUCUGGAGCUGAGAGAGAGUAAGGAGCACCAAAGUGCAGAGUGGAUGAAACAACACAGAAUGAACUCUCAAGCCAUGAGCAGAGGAGUUGUAGCACGGGCCAAGGCCAUGGACCCCCACAGGAGUCUGAAAGAGGUCUUUCAGGAGAAACUCAAGCAGCACAGGCAAGCUGAUCAAGAAAGGGUGACAGAUUAUAAAAAAGAACUGAGGGAGAUGAAAGCUCGGGUCUCAGCACGUCCUUACCUCUUUGAACAGGUGUCACAGAGAAAUGCUAUGAGCGAUGCCGAGCACAGAUACAGAAGUACUCUAGCGCAGGAAGGACUGGAUGAAAAUUUUGUACGAUCCACGGGAGAAACCGAUGAAAGCCAAUCAUCAGAAAAUACGGACGCUGAUGGCAACAGUAAUGUUGGUGAUCACAACUUUGAAACUGACACUCAGCACAGGGAAAGAAGUGGGGCCAACAGCAUCCGAAGUGAGGAUGGAACAGAAGACGAGAGCGUGAAAACCAAAGGAAAAGGAGUCAGCUGAUAGUGAGCGAGCAGUUGGUAUUUGGUUAACACAGUGUGUCAUGGUCAGAUACAAGAACACUGGCACUUUCCUAGAAUCAAUUCAGUAUUUCUUUUUAAUGGCCUGUGUUUAAAAGUUUACAUGUCAUGUUUGUAAGGGAUUUUUAUGGGAUGAAUAUGAUUCUACGUUAACAAGAUGGGUUCUGGCUGUGCAACGUGCUUAUUAAGAUGAAAAUGUCAAAGAAAAUUUGGGACUUGUGGAUCUAAAUUUGUUAGGGGAUACAGAAAGACACUUAAAAAAAAUCUUCACAAAAAAAAAAAGAACACGAAUAUUAAAGAUUUUGUAUUUGCUUGUCUUCUGUUUAUUGAGCAUUAAAUAAUAUUUACGGCCACACAGAUGCCACUGCAUGUUUUAAAACCUGUGGUGAUGGGUCUGGAAGGUUUGUACAGUGGAAUAUUAACAAACAGUAAACAAGGGGAAGUUUGCCCAGAGAUUCAGUAAACAAACUUUCAUUCCUCCCUUCUGACAGCUGCAACGUGAAGGUGAUGAUGAUGGACAACUAUACCACUGCACUACUGUACUGUAAUUAUUACCUAUAACUGUCACAGAGGAAAGCGAUGUGAAUAAAUACAGGAAUAACAAUUUGACAAAGUUCCCUUUAGGACAAGGCACAUCUGAAAUUCACAUUGCUGAGAUGUAAAUCUUGGGGAUGAGGUCUGGCUAUUUUGAGAACCACAGCACCACUAAAGUCAACGUUGGUUAUUUAUCUAUAAUAGUAAAAGAAACCCUCAUGUCACUGUGCUGCCCCAGCUGCCUGCCACAUCAAAAGCUUACAGACUGUCCAGAUUUACACUGAACACUCCCUCCAACCUAUUUCUAAAUGCCUUGGUGAUAAAUGUUUCAUAAAUUAAAAGCAUAAAAGUUCCAGCCCAUUGCAAUGUAUUUCAAAAAUCUUUUGGGGUUGUUUAAAUUACCUUCCAUUGCAAUGUAAUUGGAAAUAAAUAAAUAAAUCUAGCACACUAAAGGCUUCUUUAUUCUGUUUCUUUUUGGGAAUAAAAGUUUAUCUUUAGGGUGUUAAAAUGGAGGGUUUCCCUUUCAGAAAGGGGUCCAAAUAGUACCCCUUUUGGAAUCUUAAUGAUUCUAAGGAACCCAUGAUAAGCCAUUAAAUAGAGGUUUGGAACACCCAUCCAUCCAUCCAUCUUCUACCGUUUACUCCUUCUUCAGGGUCGCAGGGGAACCUGGAGCCUAUCCCAGGGAGCAUCGGGCACAAGGCGGGGUACACCCUGGACAUGCUGCCAGUCCAUCGCAGGGCACAAUCACAUACACACUCACACACCCAUUCGUACACUACAGGCACUUUAGACACGCCAAUCAGCCUACCAUGCAUGUCUUUGGACUGAGGGAGGAAACCAGAGUACCCAGCGGGGAGAACAUGCAAACUCCGCACACACAUGGCCCCGGCGGGACUCGAACCCCGGACUCUGGAGGUGUGAGGCAAACGUGCUAACCAAAUUUAAAAAUUUAUUCUAUUGGAUGAAUGCAUGAAUACAGGUAUGUACUAUACUGUAUAGUACAUGCAUAAGGAAAUGUUUUUAUAACUUUUACACACACUUAGACCAAAACAUUAAAUCUAUAACCAUGAA